GAAACGCUUUGAAUCAGAAUAACAAGUGAAGUCAUUGCAAGAAGUUCAAAACGUAUUUUGGAGGAAAAAAUGUGGAAAAUUUUAAGCAUUGGAUUAUUAUUGGUGGCACUUAGCGCAUCAGGAAAGGUAGUGCCGGGUAAAAUAAUUGGCCCAAUUGGAGAUAUAUCACCAACUGAAUGGCCGGUUUUUGGAAGUUAUUUUGUUAAUAAAUACGCAAAACUUGCUCGCGAAAUUGUUCACAAGUCAAAUACUUCAAUGUUGGGUACGAUUGCUGUGCAAAAGCCACUCAAAGGCUAUCCAAUGAUUGAUUUGAUACAAGUGGCCGAUAGCAAAUGGAAUGAAACGUCAACGGGUUUUGUAAAUUUCUAUUUACAAAAAAGUGAUCCAAUCUAUGAAAAUAUCAAGAAGAAGAAAGAAGUAAGCGCCUCAUUCUCAAACGAAACAACACAAUUCAACAAUGAAACAUCGCAAAUGGAAACUGUUGGUUAUCGUGUUCUGGUCACCGGCUAUGUGGUUCAAAUUCCAGCCGACACAAUGAUGUUCAAUGACACCAACGAUGCCAUACUCGAUCGUCAUCCGGAUGCAGCUCCGGUUUUAUCUCGACUGAAUACAAUUUUGGUGAGACUUGAAAUCGAUCAGGUUUGUGUGAUCGACGACGUUAGCGGACCAUUUUGUUUGCCCGCAGAUAGCUAUUACAACGCCGAUGUUGAUGAAUAAAACGAACCUCCAAUGAAUCAUCGAUGCAGCAUUUUGUAAUCAAAUGUCAUUGUGGUUAUCUUUGAAAAGCCUUCAAUUGCUUUUUGAAAAUAAAAACCGAUUUUUUUUUUCACUUAAUGCUAA